AUGGACCCUGUGCUCGGUCUUCUGGCGACCCUGGUGGUGGUGGUUCCCGUUUUGUACAUGUACACCGUCAGCGUGGUUCAGUCGCGAUUCCCGGCUCUCAACAACAAGCGCAUCUGCUUGCUCAUUGCUCACCCCGAUGACGAGGCCAUGUUCUUUGCUCCGACGGUACUGGCUUUGACGCGACCUGAAACCGGCAACCACGUUAAGAUCUUGUGUUUGAGCACCGGUAAUGCGGACGGGCUUGGAGAGACGAGAAAGAAGGAGCUCGUAAAGAGCGGCAUGCACUUGGGCUUGAGGGACGAGGAUGAUGUGUUUGUGGUGGACAACCCCACUGACUUCCCCGACUCCAUGACCACGAAAUGGGACGAAAACCGAAUCGCGACUCUCCUCUGCAGCGCCUUUGCGCCGCAGCUCGGCAGACAACGAAGCGACGACUCCGCCAAACCAACCGCCAACAUCGACGUACUAAUCACCUUUGACGGCAGCGGCGUGUCGUCGCACCCAAACCAUAUAUCUCUUUAUCACGGCGCCCGUGCAUUCGUGGCCGGUCUCAUGCGGGGCAAGUCUGGCUGGACAUGCCCGGUCGACCUCUACACGCUGAGCACCGUCAACGUCGUGCGAAAGUACUCGGCAUUUCUCGACGUAUUUGCGACCAUGGCUUCAUGGGCUAUUGGCGUGCGGCACGAGGACAAAGCACACCCAGGCGGCCUCGUGUUUAUGAGCCAGCUCAUCGGAGAGGGAGGCCUGCCCACGGCCAUGGGUGCCAUGACACAGGCGCACAAGAGCCAGAUGGUAUGGUUCAGGUACUUUUACAUUGCGUUCAGCAGAUACAUGGUGAUUAAUGAUUUGCGGUUGGAAAAGGUCAAGAGCAAAUGA